GUUUACUUGGAGCGGCUCUGCAUGGCUGAGGAUGUAACCCAUACAGUACGUACCUUUCAGUGCAGGUUCAUCACCUCAGAGGGUGUCCUGUGGAACACAUCAGCAGUGGAAGGUUAAACACAAAGAGGGACAGUCUGGAAGCUGAGGGGGAGAAAAGAGCACAAGCAGGAGAUUUGGACUGGAUAGCAGACACUUAGGAAGAGGACCUGGAGUCUGAAGCGAAAGAAGAACUGACUGACAUACAGUACGUGUUUUGGAUAGCAGCUGGGGAUGAUAUGAUCUCUCAUGUGGAGGACACAGAGGCCAAUGAGCUUAUCAAUGAGCUUGUGAUCCUGACUGUGAAAGAACCAAGAACCACUGCCAUGACAAGCCAGAAUGCCUUCAUUUAAAGAAGCCAGCUGCAGUCUGGGACUUUAACCCUGAAACGCAGUGGAUCUCAGGACUAAAGUGAGACGUGUGGACGUGGAUCCUGCUGCCUGUCAGCUCAGACCCGACGCCUGAUUUCAGUCCUAAUGCCUGGACUGUGUGACAUCAAGACACAAGAAGGAGAGAUCUUCAACAUGAACACAGACAGUGGAGGACAGAUCCGCAAAAGCGCCACGCUUUUACUCACUCUAACCCCCAUGAAGAGAAUCCAGAGCUCACCAAACCUAUGCACGCUCACAGACUCUGAAUCACAAUCCAACGAUUCAGAUUUGUGGAGGCCCAGCAGCAGCACCAGUGGUGGUCUGAGAAAUGGUGACCUGUGCUCUUCCUCUUUGGCAGCUAAAGGCUACAGAAGUGUCAGGCCCAACUUUCAGGAUAAAAAGUCUCCCACACCAGCACAAGAGCAUAGUGUCCAUUCCCACAGACUGCUGUCCACAGAGGACCAAAUCUCAUGCUCUUCACAAGCAGGGCAGUCCUACUUGCACCCUUCAUCUAGGGAGUUGGAGAGACGCGUAGCUUCCCUCUCCAUUCGCAUUAACCCUAUGCCACAGAUAUCCGGACGUCGCACACAGGCACUGUCUUUGAGACCCCCUACCCCUCCUAAAAGGAUGGACCUCCCGGAUAGCCACUCACGCCCCUGCCCUCCACUGCCAUCUGCAGCCCCUCCAGUGCCUGAGGUACCAGUCCUUCUUAAACAAACCUAUCCUGGAACAGCACUGACCUCACACUCACCCCCUAAUCGGCUCAGAUUCUCCCUCGAUUUCAUCAGCUCCAGAGCACCUGACCUUCACCCAGAGACCCCUUCUCCCGGCUUGGAGCUUCCACUGGGGCAGAGCCGCUGCUCUUCCCGCACUCAGAGCGAAGCAUCCACAGCGGUGCUGGAGGAGUUGAGGGCGUGUGGAGUUGGCCCAGAGGGUGGCUCUCGCACCCCUUCUCCAACCCUCAGCCAGAUGAGUGCGGUCACAGACAACAUGUGGUUACACUUCCCUGCAGCUAGCACCACUAAUGGCCAGAUGACUGUGAACGGGGGUCUGACUGUGCCAGCAAGUCCUCGUAGUCACCUCCAAAGACCCUUCUCUCCCUCAACAUACCCCCCUCCUCCUUCACUGAGUCCUAGUAUUACAGCCAUGCAGCACGUUAGAACCACUGCCUCCGAGUCUAGCACCCCAAUCUACGGCAACGUGGAUCCUCCUGCACGAGCACCACAUACUGACAGGAAAGAAACAACAGGGAAAGCUCCGCAAUAUACUGGCAUCGGUCCUGUGGAUGAGUCCGGGAUUCCCGUUGCCAUACGGACGACUGUUGACAGGCCAAAAGAUUGGUACAAGACCAUGUUCAAACAGAUUCAUGUGGUGCCUAAAUCAGAGAACGAGUGGUCUGGAUCCCGUACUGCCACAGACCCUGUUACAAGUACUGGUACAACUAUUUCCAAACAAGAUAAGCAUGCUGCCCCUAAUGCUGUUCAGGCCCAUCCUGCACCUAAAACCGACACCUACCGGCCCAUCACCAAGAGUGUCUCUGAUAAUGGCGUAUACGGUUUCAGGGUACCUGCUGCCUCAUCUCUCCCUUCUCCUCUGCCCACAUCAGCAUCCACACAGCAGAGAUCCAGUGAAAGGGAGGCACCACAGAGAGGCAGGAGCACACCUGACAUGAAUGAGUGGGGACCUCCUGAUAGAAAGGUUGACACACGGAAAUACAGAGCAGAGCCGAGGAGUAUUUUUGACUAUGAGCCGGGGAAAUCAUCUAUUUUAGAGCAAGAAAGAACGACAAGUAACCUAAGACCUGAGGACUUAGAUUUAGAGAAUGAGCCAUGGUAUAAGUUCUUUGCUGAACUGGAGUUUGGGCGGCCGCCUCCCAAAAAAUGUCUUGAUUACAAUCCAGAGAGCGCACCUCGAUUCUGCGCAGAGACCUCCCUUUAUCAGCCAUCCACAGGCCUUGAAAGGCCAUCAAGCUCUGCAAGUGAUAAUAAGAGGAGAAGGAAAUCUGAACCUGCAACAACUCAGCCCAGGGUUCAGAGCAGCGUGGGCACAGCACAAACGUCUAUGAGACCACCAGAGUUGCCCAAGAGCAGCAGCACUCAGAGGAAUCCCCUCACCAGCCCCGGUUCCCCUGCCGCCACCAGGACUAAAGGUGGGAAUGUGAGCUAUAUGCACACAGCACAUUUAAAUGGUCAAAAUCAAAACCAUGCUACCUCAGAAUCCACAUAUCAAAACAAAGAGCAAAAUGAGGACAGUGUUAUGGCUGACUCAGCUUUCUCAGAUGGGUUCUCCAGCCUCCCUGAAGGCUGGAAAAGAGCCCAAGAGAACCCAGAAGACUGGAUGAUCACAGAAGAGACCACGUCUAAGCUCAAAUCCUGGAGUUGUGAUGAUCUCCUGGCUGAGGGGAGGGGAAAAGAAGUGAAAACCCGUUCAGAAAGCAUCGGUUCAUUGUUGCACAACGGGGAAGUAGAGGCAUCACAAUGCAAUAACAUCAGAGAGUCUGAGGAUCUUAGGGAGAAGAUCAGGCACCGCUCAGCCCACGAUGCACCAGGCUUCCUCAAACUCUACAAGAAGAUGCAUCACAUCAACCGGCAAGAACUGAUAAACUCUACCGUGAUCUGCUCUGUGAAAGCUAGGAUCCAUAAGUAUGAGAGCGAACAGCGGAAGGACAGAUGCACUGGUAACAAGGGCUGUAACGAAGCGGUGCCUAGGAACAUGGUGCACAACAGGAUUUCUAAAUAUGAGAGUCUGAUCCAGAAAUCCAAAUCCAUGCCAAAUCUUGGAGAUGAGUGCCUGAUCAGGGGUUCUUUUAGGAGGAUCAGCAGCCCCAAGCGUAGCCUCUCUAUUGAGUCAUUACUGGAUGAAGAACCACCAGCCAGGAAUCCCCCUGAAGGACGGUCUCAAUACUCCAAGAUAAACACCCAUGUGCCAAUCCACAUCCAAGUCACCAGUGACCAAUUACAAAACUCUGCCAUGCACAACGACUACUCAGACAGUGAACAUGAUGCUGUAGUGUCUGAUCUUAGUGACUUCAUCCAGAUUGAGGGCUCAUCCUUCUGCAGCGAGAGGGAGUUUGACCUGUGUUCAUUUGCCUCAUCAGAGAGCUUCUGCGGAUCGGGGCACCAACAUCAUUAUCACAGGCAGCUUGUGAGCUCCUGCAAGGGCCGCUGCCCGGCUUCCUACACACGAUUCACCACUAUGAUCAAGCACGAGAGGGCCAAGCAGGACCGGAGGCAACAUUUGCGCGUAGAGGAAUCUGAGUUUGGCCUCAGCAAGCUUGCCUUCCUGGUCAGCCCAGUGCCUUUCCGCCGGAAGAACCUGUCACCUUUGAGUUUUUCCCAAAUACCAAACUCAAAGAGCUGCAUGUAUGAUGCUCUAGAUUCUGCCCUAAAAGACAUCUACGACCACAUCCGCACUGAGAAAUGCAGGGGUAGCCUGCCGGACAACACCAUCCUCCAUAGGUUGCUGGUGGAGUUGCUUCCCGACAUUCCUGAGAGGAAUUCCUCUCUGCACGUGCUUGGGAGAGGCAGCCCUACAAUUCAACUUCGCUCUUACCACCCACAGCCUGAUGGCAUGCCCAGCCAGGACACUCACCAACCCGAGUACUCACACCUGUCCCAUAGUGCCUCUCACAACCAUAUAGACAGCAACAACAACCAGAUGAACCGCAACUCUGAAUUCUGCUAUCAAGAUCAGGACACAUCCAGAGAAUACUCUUACCCUGAUGUGGGCAGCCACACACAGCAGAGCAGAAGACAAACCCCUGAAGUCAGAGAGAAACUGCCAGCCAGAGCAAUAUAUGACUUCAAAGCGCAGACAGCGAAAGAGCUGACGUUUAAGAAAGGAGAGACGGUAUACAUCACUCGGCAGAUAGAUAAUAACUGGUAUGAGGGAGAAUAUCGUGGCCAUGUGGGCAUCUUCCCCAUCUCAUAUGUUGAGAAAAUCCCUCCUUCAGAGAGACAUCAGCCAGCGAGACCUCCUCCUCCAGCCCAAAGCAGAGAAAUUGGAGAAGCAAUUGCCCGCUACAACUUUAAUGCUGAUACUAAUGUGGAACUUUCAUUAAGAAAAGGCGAGCGCGUUAUUCUGGUGCGGCAGGUGGAUAAGAACUGGUUUGAGGGCAAGAUCCAAGGUACAAACAAACAAGGGAUUUUUCCAGUGUCUUAUGUGGACGUCGUUAAGAAGACCACAGUACAAAGUACUGGUCAGCCUCCUGGGCCCAAUAUACCCACCAACUACUCCAGUGACAGACUGAACAGUAGGCUGUCAUCUGCACGUACCCUCUACAACUCUCCAUCCCCAACUGUCCGUCCAUUCUCCUCAUCCUCUCCUAGUCCACAAAGAGCCGCACACCUUCAGGCCAUCACCAGCGAGUGGUUGGCCCUCACUCUGGGUCUGUCUCCUUCAGGAACCCCUGCCCCUACACCUCCACCCUUCCCUUCCAAUUUCCAGCCAUACUAUGAAGUAUUGGACUCUGCCAUCUCCCCUUCUCCCGCGUCUUCCAUACUGAGCCGCUCUCCCGCCCUCACUCCUCGCAACUCCACUCCUGCGCUCAAAGAGGGCCACUUCAUUCCCAUCUCCUCCCCAAAGUCUUACAUGUCCCCCGAACCCAGCCUGUCUCCUCAACCUUAUCUAACCUCCACCUCCUUCACUCCUUCGCCCACAUCACCCUCAUUUGACGCCAGCCCCAGGUCUGGCAGUGUCAUAGAGAUCCUCUCCAGUCAAAAAUCAGAUUUACCCGAGAAGGAACUGCAGUUGUUCUCAGAUCACCAUUAUAAACCUGGCCAGACAGACCCCCUUAAAUUGCGUAGCCCUAUUGACUUGGUUGUUUUUGACGCCCACGAAUCCCCAUUGGAUAUUCUGUCACCAAAAGAACCCGAGGAUGAUAUAUGUGAGGAGUUAGUUUCAAUCAUUAAAGCCAGCCAAUCAAAGGGCACGUUCGUAGAAGAGGAGGGAUUUUAUUGCCAGGAACCAGAUAUAAUGGAAAAGCUACCCAGACUGUUUAUAGAGGAAGAGCCGAAAGAAGACAACAGCUUCUUAAAUGAACCCCUGACAUCAAAUACGUUUGCUCCAGUCCAACCUGCCCAGAGUGAGGGUUCAGAUAUUGAGAUAUCAUUGCAGUUCACACAGCCCUCAUCGGCUAAGUACUCUCCCCCUUCCCCGCGCUACACCCCCCCAUUGCCUGGGGUUUCACAGUCGCCCCCUCUCUCUGCCAAACUGUUCUCUCGACAGGACCUCCGCUCCCCAAAGGUCAAGUCUGUGUUAAGGCGUGAUGUUGUGGUUGUUGGUAAGCCCCCUCGUAGCCCUGUGAUGUCUAGGAGGUCCUGCGGAUCGCCUGUUAGAGGUCAAAACUUUUCACCAUCUCAUAGGUCCCAGAGACAAGCAUAUGUUCAUGAUCCGCUUCAAGGUGUUGGAGAAGCAUUUCAAGCCCUGUAUAACUACAUGCCACGAAAUGAAGAUGAGCUGGAACUGAAGGAGGGGGAUGUUGUUGACGUCAUGGAGAAGUGUGAUGAUGGAUGGUUUGUGGGAACGUGCAGGAGAACCAAAUUUUUCGGAACCUUUCCUGGGAACUAUGUGAAGCGGCUAUAAAUGGACACUUCUAAUACACAUCUCUGAUGGUCAUACAUAUACUGAGGAGAGAUGGACAAUGUCACCUACAGCUUCCUGCUGGAAAUAGCAUGACAUGUUCCAGUCAUCGACCUGUUGGACUGAUGGAAACAGAAGCCAAUGGCCUUGAAGGGGGUUAUUGCACCAUUCAUGUAAUUUGGCUUAAAUAUGUUGACACCAUUAUGUUAAUUAGGAAUUUCAGUAAAUGCUUUAAAACAUUUGGUUGCCUACAUUUUUCUCAUAGUUGAAAAAAUCAGUACGCUUACCGUCUAGUUAAGCUGAUGAAUUUUAACAAUAUGAGUUCUCAAGUGCCCUGUUUAUCUUCAUUGGGAGGGUGAAAUACAGGUGAGGAAUGAUCUACUUGUCUGGUGCCCUUCUGUACACUGGACCUGAUGUCUGAUCUGAUCUAGACCGUAUAGAUUGAACAGUAUUGCAGUGUCAUGUUUGCGUCAGGCAGUGGAUAUUAACCAUUCCUGCCAACAUGUAUGUUUUUAGUAUGAAAACUCUCUGGUUCAGAAGAAAGACCUCCGGUUUUUUAGGCCUCUAUGUUCUUCCUCCAGACAUUCCUUUAAGCAUUUGAAGGAUUUUACAGAUAAGAGAAAAAUAUUUUUUAUGUUUUUCAAUCUAAAGAGAGAAAGUUUUUAAGAAUGCAGUAUCCCUUACAAAAGGCGUUUUGGCAAAAGUGGGCAUGUUAAACCGUCGUAAACUGACUCUUAUUUAUGUCUCUACUGCCUAUAAUAAAUAUUUCUGUGUUGGGUGACCUUGCA